AUGGACGACACAAACCACUGGGCGCCAAUCUUCGAAUGCGAAACCUGCACCAGCCAGUUUCGUUCCCAGAAUGCAGCCAACCAGCACAUGAACGCCCUUGGGCAUUGGGCACCCAGCUUCCCUUGUGAGACAUGUGGAAAGAUGUUCCGCACCCAAGGAGCAGCAAACCAACACAUGAACAAGCUUGGACAUUGGGCGCCGAGAGUACCAUGUGAAACCUGUGGCCUGAAGUUCUUCACGCAAAACGCUGCCAACGAUCACAUGAAGGCGGAAGGCCACUACGAGAACUACUGCGAAGCCUGCGACAUUUCAUUCCAGAACGGAAACAACCUAAGGAUGCACCUCAACUCCAAAGUUCAUCGUAGCGGCAUCAAGUGCCCGUUCUGCUCCAGUAAGUAUACCACUGCCAGUGGCCUGAUCCACCACCUCGAGCGUAACUCUUGUCCACGCGCUCCACAGCUCAACCGGGAAACAAUCCACCGCAUGGUGAGCCAGCGGGACCCUCACGGCGCCAUCACAAACAAGCAGAUCGGAUGGCACGCGGAAGAGAACACCACUUACACGGUUACGGACCGCGCCUUUAACGGUAUCGCUUGGGAGUGUUACCUCUGCCACAAGCUAUUCAGCACCUGCAAUGCCCUUAACAGCCAUGCCAACUCGCCAGUCCACCAGCAGAAGGUGUACCAUUGCCCGAGCCCGAAGAGCAGGUGUGGUAAGCAGUUUUCCACGCUCGCUGCUUUGUUCAAUCACCUGGAGAGUGAGACGUGCGGGUUCAUGAGGUUCGAGAAGGUACAGCAGCAGUUCGGAAACUUACUGCAGAGAGGAAGGAUCAUCACGUUCUAG